CAACUUUAUACAGCUAUAAGUUGGCAACAUUACCUACUUCCUUCUCUUCGUUUCAUAGCCCUUUCCGGUUUAGUUCUUGGGGCAAGAAGCCGUUGUUUCGGUUUUUAUUAUUUUUAAUCGCCUCUAAUCCAUCAAAAUGAGGAUCUAUAAAGAUAUUAUUACUGGUGAUGAGAUGUUCUCGGACACAUACAAAAUAAAGCUGGUCGAUGAAGUAAUUUACGAAGUGACCGGCAAACUGGUGACGAGAGCACAGGGCGAUAUUAAAAUCGAAGGUUUCAACCCCUCGGCUGAAGAGGCUGACGAAGGCACAGAUACUGCUGUCGAAAGUGGUGUUGACAUUGUCCUGAACCACAGGCUUGUCGAAACAUACGCUUUUGGCGACAAGAAGUCCUACACAUUAUACCUCAAAGACUACAUGAAAAAAUUAGUUGCAAAAUUAGAAGAGAAGGCACCUGACCAAGUUGAAGUUUUCAAGACCAACAUGAACAAAGUAAUGAAGGACAUCCUUGGCAGGUUUAAGGAGCUCCAGUUCUUCACUGGAGAGUCCAUGGACUGUGAUGGCAUGGUCGCCAUGAUGGAGUACAGAGAUGUAGAUGGCACACAGAUCCCCAUCAUGAUGUUCUUCAAGCAUGGUCUUGAGGAGGAGAAGUUCUAAGUGUACAGCAUAAGUGAAUUACUCAUAAUAAAUAUUCCAAUUCUAACACAGGCGCCUAAAACUCAUAUCUUUUUUAUUUAUUUACAAAAUCAUGUCAAUCUGCGCAUCGGCUGGAUCCGGCUUCUCCCAUCACAAGGCUGAACAAUUUUGUAAUGUUAAUGAAUAAAAUGUUGCAUACUAUAAAAGUAUAAAUAAAUUAAUGAACAAUU